AUGGCUAAUAACGCUCGUGAGCGUCUCCGUGUCCGCGACAUCAACGAAGCUUUCAAGGAACUGGGGAGGAUGGUGCAGCUUCACUUAAAAAGCGACAAACCCCAGACCAAGCUUCUGAUACUCCAUCAGGCUGUAGCUGUCAUCCUUAGCUUAGAACAGCAAGUCAGAGAAAGGAACUUAAAUCCUAAAGCAGCAUGUCUGAAGAGGAGGGAAGAAGAGAAAGUGUCGGCAGAUCCCUCACCUCUAUCCCUUUCAGGACCCCAUGGUGGUAUGGGGGACGCAUCAAAUCAUUUGGGACAGAUGUAG